ACUUUCACAACCAGCACAAACUGAUCAGUGCGAAGUCCUGCAAAUCUACUGGAAUUUGGAUAUAAACCCAUCGCUAUCGUCUUGCGUCACAGGAUGCUCUUGUUCUGCAGACAGUUUUGGAAGGAGUUUACUCUGCAUGUCUGCGCUGCUGACCAAGAUCCCUGAAGACAUCCCUCAAGACAUCAGAAAAAUUAGGAUAGAAAACUCCCACUUAACAGAACUGCCUCGUGGUUCAUUUUCAAAUGUGAGUGCCUUGGAGUACCUUUGGCUCAAUUUUAACAACAUCACGGUUAUGCACCUGAAGAGCCUAGAAGACCUGCAGGCCUUGAAGGAGCUGCGGUUGCAGGGGAACAAAUUAAGCUCAGUGCCAUGGACAGCGUUUCAAGACACCCCGGCACUGAAAAUACUGGAUCUGAAGCACAAUCGGCUGGAUGUCCUUCCUGAACACGCGCUCCGGUUUCUACCCAACCUGACCUAUUUAGAUCUAUCUUCAAAUCAGCUUACUGUCAUUUCCAGGGAUGUCUUCUCCAGCUGGCCUGUCUACCAGAGGAGCCAGCGGGCAGAAGGGAGCAUGGCCCAUACUGCCAAUGCCGUCCUCGCCCUUCACGGCAACCCGUGGAUUUGUGACUGUCGCCUGAGGGGGUUUGUCCAGUUUAUCAAAUCCAUUGGCCCACCUAUUAUUCUGAUGAAUUCUUAUUUAACUUGUUCAAGCCCAAAGUUCAGGGAGGGGAAGUUUUUCCAUGAAGUGGAGCUCAACAGCUGCAUGAAGCCCCUCACCUCAGCCCUUGAGACCAACCUGACAGUCCCCGUGGGGCUGAAUGUCACCUUGACCUGCUAUGUGCAAGCCAGCCCUUCCCCAACCGUCUGGUGGACCUAUGCGCACAAGCUUCUAAGAGCAUUUAAUGUGUCCACGGAGCCGGUGGGCGAGGAGACGCUGCGCUCGGAGCUGCGCAUCGCGGCCGCGCGGCCCAUGGACGCCGGCAGCUACAGCUGCUGGGCCGCCAACUUCCUGGGCAACGCCUCAGUGGGCAUCGCGCUGCGCGUCGGGGAGCAGCCGCUCGGCGCCGUGCCAGCCACCGCGGCCACGGUGGGGCCCGCGCCRGGCGGUGGCGCUGAGGGCAGCACAGCCCACGUGGAGGUGCGCAUCGCCAAGCAGACCGUGUACGGCAUCACGCUGGAGUGGCGCGCGGCGGCCGCYGAGCCCGGCGACACCUGGUACACCCUGCACCUGGGCCGCUAUGACGCCGCCCGCAAGGACACGGUCUCCGUGGGCCCUGGCGUCCACACGUACAGCGUGGGCGACCUGCUGCCUGCCACCAAGUACGAGGUGUGCGUGGCCGUGCGUGACCAGGCGCCCCGCAAGGGCCAGUGCGUCGUCUUCGUCACGGGCAGCGACGUGAGCCAGCUGGAGCAGCGCGAGAAGCUCAUCCACAUCGUGGUGAUCAUCUGCGCCAUGGUGCUGGCAGUGCCCGCCGGCAUGUACGCAUGCACGGCUGAGGCACGGCCGGGCUGCGUGGCGCGCGGGCUGGCGCCCUGCCGCCGGCGCCGCCGCGGGGAGCGCGCGCCGCGCAGCGGCCCCGACAGCAGCCUCGACAGCCUGCCCGGCGGCAGCGAGGAGGGCCUCUGCCAGCCCGGGCCCGGCCGCCGGCCGCGCCAUGGGGAGCCCGAGCGCCCUGGCAAGGCCCGGCCCGGCCCCAGGAACAGCGCCGACCUCUACUAG